AUGGUGUUGAAGAUUGGACUAGUUUUUACAAAUGAGGAUGUUGAUUAUGUGAUACAACAAAUCACUUCCUCAUUGGCCAAGCAAGCCAAAUUCAACACAUGGGCCAAAAAACUCAACUACUCAGGGCCCACUCUGAUCGCCGGGUACGGUAUCCGCUGGAAUAUAAAGUUUGAGAGCCACGAGCGGGGGUAUAUCACACAAAACAUCAUCAACAAACUGAUUGAGAACAAGCGAGACAGAGAAGAUCAAAAGGGAGGCAAGAACCACUUCAACAAAUACAAAAUCACACAAAGCAACUGGGACAUUGUCAAGAAAUUGAAUGACAUCAUCAGUGCACUCAACGACCAGGCAGCAAGAGAUGAAGACACCCCCCCCCCUACACCCAAAAAGAACACAACCCUAGCCCCGGGUGGAGGACUGGAGGAAGAUGUCAACUUCUUUUUUGAUGCUGCACCAGAGACCCAUGACAAACUGGCAGUGUACCUUGGCGUGGUGGCGCUACUGGCACAAGACUACCUGGCUGCGAGUGUGGAGCAAUGUUUUUUGGCCGGGGCAGACGUUUGCGGGCAAGAUUGA